CAAACAUGCGAUGACUAAAAGAAUAAAAAUAAAGAUGAGGGGUAAAAUGAUAAAAGUGAAAGAGUAUUAUGCAACUGAAUUCCCACCCCACCCUCUUCUUCUACACAUCAAGAAACACAACUGAAAGAUUUAACCCAAUUCUUGUUCAUAAGCUAUGGAAGAUGAAAUGGUGUUUGAAGAUUCUAACAACAUCACAUCUUUCUUGAAUCCUUCUUCUCAAGUUCUUGAUUCUCUAUGGAUUUCCACCUCCUCUUCCACCUCUUUUCAUGGAGAAACCAACACAGCAAACACAAUGGCUCCGGUAAUCGGCGGCGAAACCCAAGACGAAAACUACUACGGUCAACCGGAGAAGAAACGGCGGCUCAUGGCGGAGCAAGUGAAGUUUCUCGAGAAGAGUUUCGAGGUCGAGAAUAAGCUUGAACCCGAAAGAAAAAUUCAGCUAGCAAAAGAGCUAAAUUUGCAGCCUAGACAGGUGGCGAUCUGGUUUCAAAAUCGCCGAGCAAGGUACAAGACGAAACAGCUUGAAAAAGACUACGAUUUCUUGAAAUCAGACUACGAUAAGCUCAAAUUGGAUUUCGAUUGCUUACAAAAAGACAAUAAUAAGUUAAAAAUCGAGGUUCAAUUUCUGAAAGAAAAGUUAGUCGAAAGGGGGAAAGCAAAACAAGAAUCAUUGGAAUGCGGGAUUCCCGCGAUGGAAAUGGAAUCAAAAGGUGGGAAACCAAAUCCGUUUCCGAUUGUAACUCAAAACGGAACCAAUGUGGUGAUAUGCAAAAUCGAAGACGCGAAUUCGGUUUCAGCCAAGAGUGAUAUUGUUGAUUCCAAUAGCCCACAUCAAGAUUCAAGUCAUUUGUUGGAAAACCAAUCUGAUUUUUCACAAGAUGAAGAUGAUAACGUGAGUGGAAAUGUUCUUCGGUUUCAGAAAUCUGAAUAUGAGUCUUAUUUUGAGAUGAGUGAAAGUGGUCUUGGAUACCCUAUUGUUGAUCAAAGCUUUUGGCUUUGGUCUUGAUUUUCAAUCUUGAUAAAGGGUAUUUAAUAUCAAGAUUCGUAUUGCAUUUCUUAGUAGUGAGGAGUCUUGUUGCAAAUUAUACUUAGAUGUUAAUAAAUAUCUCUUUUAACAUCUUUUUGUUUCGAGGCAUUGGUUCACAACUUCUCAUUGACCUAUAUUUCGA